AGACUACAAGGGACAUAAAAAAGAAAGCUAAAACUCGUCACUAUCAGACUCUUACAAUGACAAAUCCUGAAAUACCUCGUCAAGUGGGUAACUUUACUGCACCGGAAGACGUUCAACUUGAUGUCACGGGAAAAUACUUAGACGCUUUGGUUGAACCGGGCUUUCCACCUGAAGGCGUUCCACCAGAAGGCGUUCAUCGUCAAGGAAGGGGCUUUCCACCAGAAGGCGUUCAUCGUCAAGGAAGGCCAUUGAGCAUACAAGUUCCAUUUCAUACAAGUUCACUGGUGGAGAAUGGCUUUCCACCAGAAGGCGUCCAUCGUCAAGGAAGGCCAUUGAGCAUACAAGUUCCAGUUCAAACAAGUUUACUGAUGGAGAAUGCUGUUUUAAGUGACGAUAAUACUAAACUUCGAGAAAAGUUGCGUCAAAUGCAGAACGCUCUAACAAAUUCAAAACUCGAUACGGCUGAGAUGUACUCAAAAUUUGGAGAAUACGCAAACGAUUGGAGCAAUGUGGUAAAGCAUUUGAAAGAAAUGCUGCUGCAACAGAAGAACAAUUACGAAGCAAGAAUCAAAAGUUUGGAAGAAAAGAAUGAGCAACUGAUGAAGGAAAACGAAGAAAUGAAAAAAGUAAUAAAAGAUUUCGAAAAAGUGAAACUGGCAUUUGAAAAACAAAAAAGACAAUUGAAAAUUGGUCAAGUUGCGUAUAAGUUGGAAAGUCUUGUAUCGGAAUAUGUAUUUCCUGGUCAGGAUAAAGCAAGUAAAAGAGCAAGAUAUGGAACAAAUUUGAAGUCUUUAGAAAAAAAGAUUGACAGCCUUAAUGACCAAAAUGUUCAAGAUCACGCCAAAUCACGUUUUCCCGAGCUCGACAAAGCACUUUUGAAGAUUGCUCACCCAAAUAUCGGGACGUAUGAAGAAAUGAAGGCUGUGAUAACUGAGGAAUUUAGUGAUCCAGAUGAGCGUGAUGAUAUGUUGACAGCAUUGGAUCAACUUCGUAAAAUGUAUCUGAAGAUGGAACGACCAUUUGGAGAAUAA